CUUUCCUUCACAACACAAACCCAAAUUUCAAAAGUUUAAAAAAAUUCCCUUUUCAUACACAAUUCUACAGAGAUGGCGAAGAAGAGUUGGAUUCGGGAAAGAUGCAUCGGAAAAGGAUCGUUCGCGACGGUGAGCUUGGCGAGGAACGUCGGCGACGGCGACGGCGACGGCGGUGUUUUUGCGGUGAAAUCGGUCGACGUGGCUUCCUGCUCGGCGUCGCAGGUGGAGGCUUUGGAGAACGAAAUUAGGGUUCUCCGGCGGAUUUCUUCGCCGUACGUGGUGAAGUAUCUCGGCGACGAUUCGACGAUGGAGGCGGCGGCGGCGGCGUACAGGAAUUUGCACUUGGAGUACUUGCCAGGUGGCACCGUCGCUGAGCUGGCGCAACGGCGGGGAAGUGGUGGCGUGGACGAAGCGGUUGUGAGGAGCUACGCUCGGUGCGUGGUUGAAGCUCUGAGGUGCAUUCACGCGAAGGGAAUUGUGCAUUGUGACGUCAAAGGCCAGAACGUCUUGGUGGGCCCCGCCGCCGGGCUUGCCAAGCUGGCGGAUUUCGGUUCCGCGGUGGAGAUCGGAAGUGGUGGACGGCGGGAUAUGGCGCCACGUGGCAGUCCACUGUGGAUGGCGCCGGAGGUCAUCCGCGGCGAGUAUCAGGGGCCGGAAUCCGACGUCUGGUCCCUCGGCUGCACCGUCAUCGAGAUGAUCACCGGAAAUUGGCCGUGGGAGGACCGCGGCGGCGCCGCCGAUACUCUCUGCCGAAUCGGUUACUCCGACGAGUUGCCUCGGUUCCCAACUCAGUCCUCGGAAUUAUGCCGCGAUUUCCUCUCCAAAUGCCUUCAACGAGAUUUGAACAAGCGAUGGAGCUCCGAUCAGCUGCUACGCCACCCAUUCGUUUCCGUGUUCCCUCCGCCGGAUUCCGCCGCCACCGCCUUCCCCUCUCCCCGCUCCGUCCUCGACUGGUUCAACUCGGACUCCGAUUCCGACACCGAGGAUUCCGGAGAAACCGUUAACUUCUCAGCGAAGCAGAGGAUCGGGAAAUUAGCUUCGGGAAUAAGUUCGGAUUGGGAGGGGACAGAUGGCGGCUGGUUGGUGGUUCGGGAAGGGACAAGCUCGGGAUAUCCAAAUUUGAUGAGGACAGAAGGGGAAAGCAGCAGUUCGGAAUAUUCUGAUUCCACCGGGAUCUCCGUUGCAGAGCUAACGAGUACAAGUGGGAGCAAAGAAUGUUUAAAUUCCGAAAUUCAAGGAGACAAUUACUGCCAGCAAACCUCAUCUCACCGUUCACGGGUGCUCCACAGAGCGGCGCGCGGUGAUGAUGAUAUCCACGUGUACAUAUGUUCGAAGAUUAUUUUGUUAAUGACAUUGUUAAUUACCAUUUAUUACACAUGUUCUACUAAUUGUAUUCUCCCCUGUUUUUAUCACAUCUAUAAGAAGUCAUUAUUUCGUACACAACAACUGCAUACAAUUUUUAACUUUAGAUUUUGCCGUCUUUUAUCCAAUCUCUUUUUUAUAUUGGUCCAAAUAUCAGUACCAACAGCAUACAUGACACUAUAG